AUGCCCAGCACAGUUGGUUACCUCAACGACGGUGACUGGUUUUCUCGUCCGAUUUCGGUGGAUUCAUCUCCGCCGUUGGUCGGCUCCCGUCCGGAAUUUCCUAUCGACAGUGAUUCUGUCCCUGGAACUGAAGCUCCGACGGUGGAGGUUGAAGUCGGUUCGCUUAAGAUUGCUCAUCUGACACGUGGUUAUGUCGACGUGUGUUUCAGGAUUGAGUCAAAUCCAGUUUUCUUCUUCUGUGAGCAAGAUGAAAUCUUCUGA